GUGCGGGCUGCCCGGCGUGUUGUGUGGAGGGCCCCGCGCAGGCGUCAGACCGUCACCACCACGGCCACGCUGCGGGAUUUAGGCGAUUCAAGAACGCGGGGAGCGCACGGUGUGGGUUGGAAAGACGACUUCGGGAGAGCGGAGCCCGAUACAACUGUGCGACAUUAGCUGGAGUAGAACUUGGGACAACUUUCGUGUAAACAACAACAGCAGCAACAACAACCAGCCAACCCCGCCGCGUUGCCGAUAGAAGGCGAACCCGGUAGCGAGCUGCGGCCGUGGUGCUGUCGUGUACCAGUGGUUAGUGCAUCGGACCUGCAAUCCAGAGGUUGCCGGUUCAAUUCGAUCUCCCGGCGCGGCAACUGGAACAUUGACACGUGGGUGGCGCUAUGCUGCCCUCAUGGGCCCGGGUCAUCACAGUGGAGCCGCUGCUCUUCCUCUACAUGACCGCCCUCUUCAUCCAGGCCCCCGCCACACAGCAGAUCAUCCUGCAAAAGGUGUGUUGGGAGACGUACGGCACGACGGAGGCAUGCGUGUCGCCGCUGGAGGGUGACCGGGCCAGGGUGGUGCAGACGCGCGCCUCCACGCUCUUCCUGCUGCUGUCGCUCGCCACCAACAUCCCGGCCAUGAUUACCGCCUCGCUGCUCGGGACCUGGUCGGAUCGCUCUCCGUGCAUGAGACGCCUCGCGAUGGCCCUGCCGUGCUUCGGGGCCGCGAUGGCCUCCGCCUUGUUGAUGUUGGUGUCCUCCUCCCCCGAGCUGUCCGUCUACUGGACGUUGGCCGCCGCCUGCAUCUCCUCCACCUUGGGGGGUUAUGUCACCAUUUUGCUAAGCGUGAUGAGUUACCUGGCCACGGUGACGUCGCCUGACGAACGCCCGUGCCGCAUGGGCGUGCUCGAGGCCAUGAUCUUCAUGGGCGGCACGGUGGGGGGGCUGGUGGAGGGGGCCGCGGUCGCCCACAUGGGGUUCCUCGGCGCCUUCUCCAUCCAGCUCGCGUGCAACCUGCUGGCGACGCUCUACGCGCUGCUGUGCAUCUCAUCGCCCGCCCAGCAGCGCAGCAGCAGCGAGGACGAGCGCCAGCCCAUCUGCUCCGAGGAGUCGGAGGACACGGGCGUGCGCGCGACUUUGCCGCCCAUGAGCUGCCUGGAUGGGUUGACCACCUGGAAGGUGGUCUUCCGCAAGCGGGGCGAGCGUGGCAGACUCGUCAUGUUGCUGCUGCUCGCAGUGAGCCUCCUCAACAUGGCCUGCAUUGUCGGCGACUCGCAGAUCCUCGUGAUGUUCCUGCAGUACCCACCACUGCACUUCACUAACGAGCAAUACGGCUACUUCAUCGGGGGCAGGACAUUCCUGGUGGGUAUGUGUCUACUGGUGCUCUUUCCGCUGUUGUUGAAGCUGGCUCGCGGCUUUUCUCUUGCCAAGGGGGCCAUGCUGAUCCGGGUCAUAUCAUUUGGCCUCAUGGCCUGUGCCUCCGUUCCCUGGAUGGUCUUCCUCGCGGCUGGGCUGGCCAGUGUAUCAGGCAUCCCUGGUGCCAUGAUACGGGCACAGACAUCAAGGCUGGCCACCAGCUCCGAACAGGGAGCUGUGUUCUCGGCGUUCGCGUCCCUGGAGACGGCGUUCAUUCUCAUCACCUCGUCCGUGCUGAGCGCGCUCUACCCGGCCACGCUGCCCUACUUCCCCGGCUUCUGCUUCAUCCUGCUGGGAGGGCUCGGCGUCAUCAUGCUCAUCCUCUUGCAGUGGAUCGACAAGGAGUCUCGCUUCUUGCCAGGAGCAGCAAACUCUUCGCCCAACCACGCCGUGCAGAGGAACGUUAACUGAUCCUGCGCUGCUCCGUCGCGUCCAGGCGUGGCGAUGGUGGCAUCAUUGGCGGGUUCUUCAGACCCCCCUGCUUGUGCCCAAGCUCGCCCUGUGCCACGACUAUGUAACCCGCUCGUUGUCACUGCGUGCCAGCACGCUGCAAUACAACGCCGAGGGACUUUGUACACAGGGCAAUGUGCACAUCAAUGGGAAUUAAAACUAAACUAGCCGCACGUGAUUCGUAGCGAUACCGUAUCCGCUCAAGCAUUGUAGUUAAUAUUCAGGUGCCUGACAGAAAUUGCAUUCACCAAAAUGUGACCCCCCACCCACAAGGUUUGACACGAGGGCUGCUUGUAGGGCAAAAAAACCACCACAACACUUCAAACAACCGAGUUCUGUAAUGAACACUUUAUUGAGUUAAACCAAGUGCAGUACAAAGCACAAGACAAAAUGGAAAAAAAAACACACAAAUGCAGUACUACUUUGGAAAGACACAUCAAAGCAAGCUAUGGGAUGCUGCAUGAUCACUAUGGGUCCCAGAGUGGGAUUUUACUUCUGAAGACUAAUCUGUCAUGUUGUACGUUAACGAGACAGGAGACUGUCAAUUAUUGGAAAAUUGGGUUAGCAGGCACUUAAUGAUUCACCACACUUCUUCGUGGUUCAAUAAACUACCUCGAUUCAAGAUCUGAUUACACCGAAUAUUUUCUUCCCCAUCCGUAAGAUCUCAUACCCCGAUAUCGGUUCAUUUUGUUGUUGGUCCCAUUAGGCUAUUGGCAACAAUCGCAUACAAUGCGCGUGUCAACCAUAAGCUACGCACACGAUUCGACGCGCGCAAGAAUCUACUUCCAUCGAAUAAUCGUGAUGCAAGCCCGUGGAUUUAACCACGAGCUCAAUGACCAUUUGUCCUCCGCUUUCCAUGACCGGCACGUGGUCUGAGACACAGGCGCGUGAGUAGCGGUGGGGAGGGAUGCAGGCUCACUUGACACGGUACAGGACCUUGCGCUGCACCCUGUGCUGCAGCUCUCCACGCCGAAGCAUCAGGUGCAGCACCUUGUAGAUGGCAUGCUCCGGGUAUUUCUGGUGAAAAAAGAAAAGCAGGACAAGUUCCCCCGCGAUUGCGAUUAAUCUGGAAGCGCAGAAUUACAGUCAUCCCACUGAAACGGACAUCCAUUUUAAGUUACACUUAGAAGCAGCCGAUUGAAGCAAAGACAUUAUCCAGAUCCACACAACCCUACUCUGCAUAGGUUAUUUGAAAAAUGCUGCGGAAUAUAUUAUUACGUUUUAAUAUUGUUACGGUCGACAUUUGCACAAUGUUUACAUUGUAUUUGACUGGAGAAGCCCUGGAAAAGUAUCAGUGUUAUUUAUUGAAAUAACGUGCAAGUAAAUCACUGUUCGUAUCUCGUAACGCGCUCGUGUUUGAAAUACCGGCAUUAGCUGAUGUAGUGCCAACAAAUAAUGGAACUGUGCCUUUUUACUUUGCUGGUACAAAGCCAAUUGUAUCACGUGACUCGGAACACUAAUAUGGAUCUUUAACACUUAUUGAAAACACAAAUAAAUCGAGUUCACUUUUACAA